AACACUACUUGAUUAGUCCUGGAACCUGAGUGGAGAAGCAGCGAAAGCAACUUUGUUUUCGUUUGUUCGAGGCGAUCGGCGUCCACGCCAAGAGCUGCGAUCGAAUCUGCAAAGGUGAUCGAGAAAACCGCGCCGAGGUUUGAACAUAAAUCGAAAAAGGAACGGAGACAAGAAAUGUCGAACCUCCGACUUCGUCUUUGCCAAUUGCCUCGUUCGACGGGAAGCGUGCCCUAAUUAGCUGUUUUGCCACAAAACGAGUGAACGGCCGAUUGGCAGGCAGGACGGUGGUUUCCCUACCCGGGCCGGACAACAGCAACCGGCCACUCCCAAGAAACGCACCCACCGAGGCACAACUAAGGGAGACGCCGCACCUCAAAUUUAGGAGCGAAGAAGCCUUUUGGAUUCAAGGCGAAACAUCUUCAACAAACAAGAACAGUCCAGAUGCCUUGAUUCAACCUUUGCGGAAAGUCUUGCAAGCCUCCGCCCCAUCCUCCGUCGGCGUUUUCUUUUCAAUACUGAAAACCUCAACUCCUGCAGAAUUGGGUGUGAUGGAGUGAGAAUGGGGCGAGGCAGCGUCAAAAGCGGCUUCAGCCCCGGAGGCUGAUGCGCCGUCUCCAUCGGCCCGCCAGAAUGCACGUAGCGUCGGUUGGCGUCAGUAAGGUCGGCUUCCUGUUUUCUCUCGUGCUCUGCGGCCUCCUCUUGUUGCUCAUCCCAGCCCUCCAACCCACGGCUCGCCAGGCGGACCUGCCCCAGCCCCGACCUCAGGUCAAGACCCCGGCCUACGCUUUACAGCACGAUCGUGGGCUUCCCACAGUGUCCGAUUCUGCCGGGGGCACAGAUCGGGCCACAGGGUUGAAUAUAAGCUCAGGACGGUUGAACGGUACCGUUGAGACUGAACUUUUUGGGACUGAUGACUACAGGGGGCCGUACUCCGAUGCGGUUUCCGUCCCUGAAGGACGAGGCCAAAUACUUCCUGGAUCUAGAUCACGGGACCUGUUGGAAUUAAAGGACAUUUUUAUUGCAGUUAAAACCACCAGGAAGUACCACAAGUCCAGACUGGAGCUGCUGAUUCAGACCUGGAUAUCUCAGGCUAAAGAACAGACCUACUUAUUCUCAGACGGGGAGGACAAAGAGCUGCGGCUGACAAAAGGUGUAAACAUCAUUAACACGAACUGCUCCGCGGCUCACACUCGACAGGCUCUUUGCUGCAAGAUGUCUGUUGAAUAUGACAAAUUCAUUGAGUCUCAGAAGAAGUGGUUCUGUCAUGUGGAUGAUGACAACUAUGUGAUCCUACCGAGCCUGUUGCAACUGCUGUCUUCCUACCACCACAGCCAGGAUGUGUACCUUGGUCGGCCCAGUCUCGACCAUCCUAUAGAAGCUGCGGAGAGGGUCAAGAGCAAUGGAUUGGUGUCAGUCAAGUUCUGGUUUGCAACAGGUGGAGCGGGUUUCUGUAUCAGCCGAGGUCUGGCACUGAAAAUGAGUCCGUGGGCCAGUUUGGGGAAUUUCAUCAGCACCGCAGAGAAGAUCCGGCUCCCGGAUGAUUGCACCAUCGGCUACAUUAUUGAGGCUCUGCUGGAGGUCAAAUUAAUAGACACACAUCUCUUCCACUCCCAUCUGGAGAAUCUCCAGAAGCUUCCCACUGACAAUGUGUUGGAGCAGGUGACACUCAGCUAUGGAGGCUAUGAGAAUAGAUGGAAUGUGGUCAGCAUCGUUGGAGGCUUUUCACUGGUUGAAGACCCAACAAGGUUUAAGACAGUCCACUGCCUACUAUAUCCUGCUACUGACUGGUGUCCAAAGCCCAAACCGCAUAACAAAACAUGACUUCCAGCAGCUCUAAUAAGCAUUCAAAGUGCUACCGUGUUCUGCUGAGAUCAAGCAACCUUUAGCCAGGAAUUCUUCACGACUGACAACUUGAAUUCAAGGCUGGCUCACCUCCUACCUCACGCGUGUUUGACAUGAUAGAAUCCUUUGCCGAAACACAUCCUCGAUACAAAGCCUUGGCUUAUAAAGUCGGAGAUGAGCUGCAAGUGGUUAAUGGCGUCUAGCGCAUCCGGAGCUUCUUUGACGCAAGUGUGCGACGACGCAAGGAAGAAGGACAAAGGUACCAUGGACGCAAUCAUGCUAUGUUGUUUGUUUGAAGUGCAAAACAUUUUCUUCUACAGCCCUAUUUCCACCAAGCAGUACAGUUUGAUUCAGUCCCUCUUGGUACACAAUGUUUUCCAUUUCUUUCUCUUUUUAUUACACUAUAUAUAUAUAUAUACAGUAAAUAUCUAUUAUAAGAAGUUGCUCAAAAGACAUGGAAGACUCAAGAAUGAGAUGAGGUACUUUACAUGUAUAUAAGGAAUGAGCUUAAGAGUAUUAUUUAGGAUUUGUUUGCUUGUUUGUUUUUUUGUUUUUACCAGGUGCCGAUGACAACAAAACUUGCAAGAUUUUAUAUCCAGUGUUUUUAAUGUGUUUUUAACACAUGAUCAUAAAUGUCAUCCAGUUGCGCUUUCGAUGUUUGCGUACAAGGCCCACGUAUUGUUUUUGCACGAUUUGGACUGCGUACGUUUGGUGGGAUGCGAGAUGCUCUUUGCCAAAGUCAUUCUCCAUGCGGUCAUUAAACGUGAACUGCAUACGAGCGCCAACGGGAUCAAGAGUCCGAAUUUGGAUGUCACAGAGCCGACCAAACAAAUGUCAACAACAGUUUCCCUAAAAUUGGAUGUUGGAUUUUUGUCAUUUUGACUCGUGCAUCUUUAUUACCAAAUACAUGCAAAAUGUAACAUUACGUUAUGUUCAUCGAUGCAGCGUGAGCCGGAGAAUGUUUUUCUCAUACACUAUUACCUCUCUGUCAAAGUCUAGCCUGAGAUGAACUUGACGUUUUUUUUUUUUUUCAAAGAUGCACUAGUGCAACUAUUCCGGUCUGAGAUCCGACAAGUUUUUGACCCGGGUUAGUAUAGUACGUGGCAUUGCAGGUUUGACAACUCUGGUGAAUUAUUUGGCUCCACUCCACCAAAAAUCAGUAUUCCUACUUGUUUCUUUCCAUCUAUUAUGAUGUUUUUUUUUUUUUUUAUAUAUAAUUUUUUUAUUUUGCACACAGGCCUAGAAUGGCAAAUCUACACGCGUGUCACUGCAGGUCGGUGCUUGGGGCUGUGAUGUGA